AAUUGUUAUGCGCUAUAUACUGUAGAAGUGCGAAGUGCUUGCACGCAAUAUCGCAAAAUGUCGAUUUUUGAUUACCUUUUUGUAGAUAUUGCUGAUCCUAGGGUUCAUGAUUGGCCGUUUAUGUCAAAUCCUUGGAAAAUUAUUGCAAUUAUAGGAAUUUACCUAUAUAUGAUAUAUGUAUAUUUACCGUCUUUCAUGUCAGAUAAAAAACCGUAUAGUUUAAAGGGGAUUAUUGUGGUUUACAAUAUUUUCCAACUAUUCGCGUGCAUCACAAUUAUUUAUGGUCUAGCUACAUCAGGAUGGACCACCCGCUAUCGCCUAAUCUGCGAACCAGUGGAUUAUUCAGAGAAUGCGAUGGCAGUUCGUAUGGCAAGCUACAUGUGGUGGACCCUACUGCUGAAGAUGACAGAAUUACUCGAAACGAUUAUAUUUGUACUUCGAAAAAAGUAUAACCAAGUUUCUUCUUUGCAUGUCUACCACCACAUUUCCACCCUAUCUGCGGCCUGGAUAGUGUGCAAAUACGUUCCAGGUGGUUUAGUUACGUUCACGCCGAUUGUUAACAGCUUCAUACAUAUCUUUAUGUACUCGUACUACUUGCUGUCGACACUGUCACGAGGUCCCAAAAUGCAGAAAAUUUUAAUGUGUGUUAAAUCUAGACUAACAAUGCUCCAACUCGUGCAGUUAGUCAUCAUAACGUUACAAUCAGUGCAAAUAUUUCUACCAGGAUGUGCUAUAAGUAACGUUAUCGGAUUUCUAGGUUCGGCAAAUGGUGUCAUUAAUGUUCUGUUCUUUAUUCACUUUUACAAUAAGAAUUACGUCAAGAAAAAAAUGCUACAAAGUAAGUGACUUGUGUAGAAACCCAUUUGAUGUAGCCAUUUUGCUAAAAUAAAACGU